AUCCAAUUAUACAAUAUUAGAUUUCUACAAAUGAAGGUUUCUGCUACUGUGUUUUCUCUUGUGGCAAUCGCCCUCCACAUGCCGCUUGCGUUAUCUGCUGUUCUCAAGUCUGAUGCUGAAACUGCCGAUUCUCGCAUCAAAAAUGUCGUUGUUCUUGUGAUGGAAAAUCGAUCAUUUGACUCAAUUUUGGGACGCCUCCAAUGGGAUGGAAUCAGGAGUGACAUUGAUGGAUUAACUGGCAAUGAGUCGAAUACUCUUGCAAAUGGACAAGUUGUUCCAAUUCAAAAGGGCACGAAUCCUGCUGCAGGAUUCGAUCCAAAUCACGGUAUUGUAGCAGUCACUGAGCAGAUUUAUGGAGCCGGUACUGUCAACGCCAAAGGCCAGCAACCAACCAUGGCUGGAUUUGCUCAACAAGGAUUUGUUGAAAGCAAAGGAAAUAUGGAUUCUGUCAACCAAGUCAUGCAAGCAUUUGGUCCUGACAUGUUCCCAGUGACCUAUGCGCUUGCCCAGGAAUACACCGUCAUUGAUAACUGGUUUGCAUCUGUUCCUGGACCAACUUAUCCCAAUCGUCAUUUCUUCCAUUGUGCUACUGCUGCUGGCUAUACUGCCAACAAUGGUGCUUUUCUUGGUGUUCCGUGCCGUACAAUCUACGAAAAUAUGGCCGAUCAUGGAAACUCGUACAAGUUCUAUUCUCCUCAACUCAAGUCUACACCACUGUUGUACCGCAAUCUGCGCAACAUUUACAACUGGAUGAGAAUCAAAAACAUGAGCACGUUUUUUGAAGAUGCCAGAGCCGGUUCACUACCCCAAUAUUCGUUUAUUGAUCCUGAUUGGCUCAAAAACGACAACCAUCCUCCAAACAACCUGCAUGCUGGCGAGCAAUAUGUCAAAGACAUAUACGAAGCCAUUCGUGCCGGUCCUCAAUGGAAAAACACUGUAUUUGUACUGACAUAUGAUGAAAAUGGUGGUUUUUACGAUCAUGUUGCACCACCAACUUGUGUUCCUCGACCCGACAAUAUCAAUCCCGACUCGAAUGUUGGAGAUUUCCAGUUUGACCGUCUUGGUCCUCGUGUGCCAACAAUCAUCAUUUCACCAUAUGUCAGCAAGGGUGCAGUUUAUCACUCUGAUGACACGAGUCGUUUCUUUGAACACUCGUCAAUCCCAGCUACUCUCAAAAAACUAUUUAACCUUCCCAACUUCCUUACACCGCGUGAUGCAGCAGCUCUUACAUUUGAUGAUGUUAUUUCAUUGAGCGAACCACGUACCGACUGUAUUCAAACUCUUCCCACUGUAUAAUGCAUUGGGUU